UCAAUUAAAAUGGCGGGAUCAUUCGAGGAGGAAAGAGUUAAUAGUUGGAUUUUAGACUAUUCAUACCAACGUGCUUGGAAGGAAUUCUCAAGUACAAGCAACAUAGACUUACAGACAACAAGAGACUUUAUUCAAUGGAUAGUAACCCAGCCAUGCAUGAUUACCACAGAGAGAAAACUGAAAGUUCAGAUUUUGUUGUUUUUGUGUCGAUUAUCUGAUGGCAGUGACCAUACAACUCGUUAUAGUGUAAACAGCAAUAUAACGGCAUUAGAGGAAGCUCUAAAGAAUAUUGAUAGCAUUGAACCACUCCUGGGGAAGAAACACGUCAAUUGUUUAGAACCGAUGAGAACCUCAGUCAAGAAACAGGCUGUUUUAGUGUGUUGCAGAGCAGAUGAUUUUGAAGCAGGGAAAGAUGUCUUUCAAAGGCUAUGGCAGAAACCUUCAUCCAAAGAGGAAAAGGUACUAAAAAAAUUGGAAAAGCAAGUUGAUAAGAAUGCUGUGGAUAAUUUACAGAAAGUGUUAGUGUCCAAUGACAAGGCUCAUUCCUACAUCAACUUUAAUACUUAUGAAAGAUUCCUAAAGAAAGCAGUGGAAUAUUUAUCAGAAAUCCAUGACAGCUUCAGCAUACCAUACUUACUGCAGCAAGCAGAGUCUUAUGAAAAGAAAAGCCACAUGCAGGAUUUAAUGAAAGGAACAAUAAAAUUUAGUAAUGCUGAUAUUCAGCAAUAUAUGACAAGUAAUGGCAUCAAGAGUCUGACACGAAAAGCUCAGCAGAAUAUGGAAACCAAGUUACAAAGGAUAAGGGAGGCUAAGCAAAUUCAGGAAGGUGACGUAGAAGAAAUGCAAAUCAGUGAAAGUAAUAAUAACGCAGAAUCAGAUGAGACAGAACAUGAAGAAAAUACUUCCAGACUCAGAAAGAGAACUGUUCAGCAGACUAGUACUCCAAAGAAAGGUACACCAAAGAAAAUGGAUAAUGGUAGCAAUGAUGAAAGUGACAGUGAAAAAAUAUCUCCUCUGCACAAACGUCUUGGACUUGAAGCGGAAUCCUCCAUUUUGAAUCCCAAGAAAGGACAAAGAAUUCCAUGGAAUUAUGGAGAAACCAAAGACUUCUAUAAACAAGUUAAAAAGCAUGGCGUAGGAAACUGGUCUAAAAUAAGGGACAAUUUACACACAUUUAGAACCAAUGUACAACUGAAAGAUAAAUGGAGAAGCAUUUUAAGUAAUGAAUCAUUGAUUUCCAAAUUAUAUGAAGAAUGUGGAAAAAUGUGAAACUUUUUUAUUGUUAGACCUUAGUUUAUCAAGCAUAUCUCCCUAGUCUGUUAAAAUUCCUCCACACAGAUCUUUUUUAUUGCUUUUUUAUGGUCGUGCAACAAGGUUGUCAGGGUCAUAUAGUUUUACCCUCAUCCGUCAUUCUGUCAUUCCGUUGUUCCACAACGAACAGAUAUAGGGACUUUUUUCUAAACGCCUUCACAUAUUGAGCUGAUUUUUUGUAUGUGAGUCUACUAUGAUGAGUUACAGAACAAGUUUAUGUUUGGUUCCGCUCCGCUGAUUUUUGCGGAAAUCACAGGCUUUGGACUUUGAAAAUUUCAUGAAAAUAACAGUUAUACAGACUUUUUUUCUAAACGCCUUCACAUAUUGAGCUAAUUUUUAGUAUGUUAGUCUACUAUGAUGAGUUACAGAUCGAGUUUACGUCUGGUUCCGCUCCACUGAUUUUUACCAUAAUUACAGGCUUUUGACUUUUAAAAUUUCGUGAAAAUAACAGUUAUACAGAUUUUUAUUCUUAACUCCUUUACAUUUUGAGCCGAUUUUUAGUAUGUGAGUCUACAAUGAUUAGUUACAGAUCAACAUUAUGUUUAGUUCCACUCCACUGAUUUGUGCUGAAAUGAUAGGCUUUGGACUUUCAAAUUUCCACUCCAUAAAUGGCUAAAAGCUUUUUUUGUGAGCGGGGCCAUUCGUGUCGUUCCGACACAUUUAGUUUUUAAAUGAGAUAAUUAGUUCAUUGGAGUUCAAUUGUUGUCAGUUUGGCUUUAAAUUCAUUAAAUAGAAUUUCCCAGCAGCUUCUAGAAAAUUCUAAUCUUUCUUGAUAAGCCAAAAUUAUUAUAUAUUAUUUAGAUAAUUUGAUGAUAUCUUGUUACAAGGAUGUUUGCCUGUAAAAUAGAUGUGAAUAGUAUAAACUAAGGAUCUUUAUUUGUAAUUCUUUCUUGAAAAUUGGUUAUCAUGAGUAAAAUUAGUUCUUUUUUUUUUUAUAUUUAUAAGCAUGCAAUGUUUUAUUAAAGAAAUUCUGAUAAAAAAUUAUAAUUAAAAGAUUCUAAGGACAGUGAUCUGUUUAUGCUAUUAAAAUCAAUUAAAUUUUUGUUUAAAUAUUUUUAUUGACAUAAACUAGUUCUUAUAAUUUAUAUGUAUGAUAAUCCAGUCAGAAGAGAAAAUUUAGUUUAUGAUGAAAUAAAUUAUACACCAAAGAUAAGAGUGAUGCCAGUUAUAAACAGCUUUGGAUUUGUCUAUAUCAAUAAUCUUAAACUAUCUGCUAACAAAGAAACAUAUUUGAUCAUAAAAUAUAAGCCCUUCUAAUAAAAAUUUAGACAAGGCUAAAAAAUCCUUCCGUGCCAAAAAUUUCAGCAAAAUUUUCCACGAUUCACCAGUGUAAAAAUAUCAAAAAUGCAUUUUGCCUAACUAUCUUUUGAAUAAUCUUAACUUAGUUUGUAUAUUUUUUAUGUUGAGAAGUAGACUUUAUGUAUUUUUUAUACUCCACGCAACGAGUUGCAGAGGGUAUAAUGUUUUUGACCCGUCCGUCUGUCCGUCCGUCAGUCCGUCAGUCCUGUUUCUUGUCAUCGCAACUCCUCUCAAACCACACAACAUAAUUUCACGAAACCUUUUUAGAUAAUAAGGACAUACUAUGUAGUUGUGCAUAUCGACAGGAAAUUACGAUUCAAUUCUUUUUCUAGGAGUUACGCCCCUUUGAACUUAUUUACUUUAAUGUACUACUGCAACAGUUUGUCAUCGCAACUCCUUUCAAACCACACAACAGAAUUUCAUGAAACCUUUUCAGAUAAUAAGGACAUACUACGUAUAUGUGCAUAUCGACAGGAAAUUACAAUUCAAUUUUUUUUCCAGGAGUUACGCCCCUUUAAACUUAUUUGCCCAAUAUACUACUGCAACCUUUUGUCAUCGCAACUCCUCUCAAACCACACAACAGAAUUUCAUGAAACCUUUUCAGAUAACAAGGACAUACUACGUAGAUGUGCAUAUCGACAGGAAAUUACGAUUCAAUUUUUUUUCCAGGAGUUACGCCCCUUUGAACUCAUUUGCCCAAUAAACUACUGCAAUCUUUUUUCAUCGCAACUCCUCUCAAACCACACAACAGAAUUUCAUGAAACUGUGUAGAUAAUAAGGACAUACUAUGUAGAUGUGCAUAUUGACAGGAAAUUAUGAUUAAAUUUUUUAUUCUGAUACAAUUUUUUUUUCUUACACUUAUUUUAUUUCUCCAAUGACAAUGUGGGGAUGUGGGGUAUGUGAGCGCGCUCACUAAGGUUCUUUCAUUGUUAAAAUUAUUUGUUUUAUAUUUAGACUCUUUUGUUUUACAAAAAGACACUGAAACAAUUGGUGAUAACGUACUUGUUUGUAAUGAAUGUUUUAAUAUUAUUGUAUGUUAUUUUUAAAGGCUUCUAAACAGUCAAAAACAAGAUGAUUAUAUUAUGAUUGACAAGAAUGAUCAUGAAACAUGAGACUUUUUCUUUUUUAAAGGCCCCAAAUCAUACAAAUAACUGUUUAGUAACAGAUGUGAUUAAUUAACAUGGUUUCAUUUAUUACAAUUAUUCAGAUCAUGUAUUGAAAUUGGAAAUAAAACUUUAUAAAUUUGG